UCAGAACAGGCUGAACUGAUGUCUAAUGGUGGUCACAUGACUCAUGUAAGCGACUUCCUGUCCUGUGCAGCACUUCCUGCGGAGUCUGUGGGUUUGACUGCUGUCAGGGACGACCUGAUGAGGACGAGGGAGCAAGAAAGACAAAAAGAAGAAGGAAUGCAGUUCGUCCUCUUCAUCGGACAGUUCUUCAGACAGUGAGGAUGACAAGAAGAAAACCAAGGAAAAGAAAAAGUUAGAUUUAAGCUUCAUCAUAAACAGCUGCAUAUGUUAUUGGACCCCAGCUCCUCUUCAUCAUCCGACAGCAGCUCCUCAUCCUCCUCAGACAGCGACAAUGACAAGAAAGAUUCAUCUUCAUCAUCGAGUAGCUGUUCAUCAUCAUCUGACAGUGAUGAUGACAAGAAGAAGAAAGUAAAGGAUUCUUCAUCUUCAUCAAGUAGCUCCUCAUCUUCUUCUGACAGCGAUAAGAAGCAAAAGAAAAAGGAGAAAGCCAAAUCAGCUGAUAAGGAUGGAGAAAACUCAGGGGGUUUGGGGUCAUCCGGCACGAGAGACUACAGCUGUGGAACUUGUGGCUCUCAGAUUUCUUCAUCUCUAGUUUACUCCAGCCUGCCUUCUGAAACCCUGAGCCGCACAGAGCAGCAGCGCCUCUGACUGCCAUAGAGAGCCUGAUGGGACGUCCUCAGAGAAACACACUGGGGACAGACAGAGUCACGACCAGCAGAUACACCUCACACUUCACAUCGUAAGAAACACUUACACAAAAGCACCAUGGCAGUACCAUGUUUUUGGGGGUUUAGAGUGCUGCAGUGAUGACGUAUGUUUGUAUGACUCCUACAUGAUUCUCUUACAUCACAUGUGAUCCUGGAGCACAAAAGCAGUCAUAAGCAGCACAGGUAUAUUUGUAGCAAUA